UAACCAAAGGACUGGGAUAGCUAUAAUCACAUACAAUUAAUAGUUGCUUAAAUCGAAGUGCUUUGUUUUCUCGGCAUGGCUCCUACAGUAUAUGAUGUCAUCGUCGUCGGUGCUGGGAUAGAGGGGUCAGCAACUGCCCACUACCUGGUAAACAGAGGAAAACACACGUUGUUGCUGGAACAGUUUCCACUGCCUCACAGUCGCGGGAGUUCGCACGGCCAAUCUCGGGUUAUUCGCAAAGCCUACACAGACUACUUCUACAGCAACAUGAUGCAUGAAGCCACCCAAAUGUGGCUGGAACUCCAAAACAGCUUUGGAGUGAAGCUGUACAAGCAGUCUGGGUAUCUUUCAAUUGGAGACAGUGGUGGGAAAUUCUUGACAGAAAUAGCAGACAGCAUGAGUCGCGCCAAAGCUUCUUACCAGAUGUUAACCAAAUCGGAAUUCAAAGCCUCCUAUCCUAUGAUGAAAUACCCCAGUACAUUUACUGGGGUACUCGACCAUGAUGGAGGAAUUCUGCGAGCUGAUAAAGCCUUACAGGCAUUCCAGAGUGAGUUUACAAGACACGGCGGGGAACUAAUCGACGGAUGUAGAGUCACUCGUAUCAUCCCUGGAUCUACUGUCACCGUAAAAACCCCAAACGCCACGUUCAGAGGACAGAAAGUAAUUGUGACUGCUGGACCCUGGACGUCUUCUGUUAUGAACCCGUUAGGACUACAUCUUCCCCUUAAGCCAACACGAAUAAACGUCUAUUACUGGAAAGAACUCGAAUGUGGAUCGCACUCUGCUGGAAAAUUUCGACCCUUUGUUGAAGUCAAAUGCUGUGAACCUCACUAUGUUUAUGGUCUGCCGAGUGACGAGUAUCCCGGACAUGUCAAGAUUUGUUUUAGCUAUGGACCUGAAAUUGACCCUGAAAACAGAGACAGCGUGGACGAUUCUUGGUGUUUGGGUGUCAUGAAAAAAUACAUACGCGAUCACUUCCCAGGUCUUGACGCGUCAUCGCCAAGUAUUGUGGAGUCCUGCAUUAUAACGAACACUCCAGAUAAGCAUCCUAUACUCGACAAACAUCCCAGAUGGGAGAAUAUCGUCGUCGGCGCUGGUUUUUCUGGCCACGGUUUCAAGCUGUCACCGGUAAUAGGUAAACUUCUGGGACAAAUGGCUCUGAGAGAAGCGCCAGCAUACGACGUAACUCGCUUCAGGAUCGAUCGCUUCCAGACAUCAUCAAAAUUAUAAAUUACAUAUACACCUAACUAAAUGUUGGUUGGACCAAGGGAAUUUCUGGACACACUUUGUAAUAAAGAGGGCUUUUUUACAGAAGGAUUUAAUACCUAAGUAAUUUUCUUUUCUUUUGUUUUACAUUCUUUACAUUGUACCGGUAUAUUGUUCACAUUUUGAAAUUAAGUCAUAUAGCUUUAUUAUUAUUAUUAUUAUUAUUAUUCCACACGUUACAUAUACAUACAUAUACGGGUGGUAUGUUUACUACCAUGAUGUGCUCAUCAUAAAAUAGUGCAAUAUUUUUCGCUAAGAUCACAAAUUGUUUCCUGUGACAAAUAUUGACCAUAAAAUAUCUCAGUCUCACUGAAAUCAAAGAACGAGGAACCACGAGGAGGGGAGGUUUGGGAGUGGAGGUUGCAGUAAAAACAGAAUCAAGGCACAAUAAAUAUAUGGUUGUUAUCUACUAGACAAAAUAGAAACAUCUUUAUCAGAAAAAUUAUUUAUUUUCUCUUAUUUUUCUCGUGUGAACUACCCCCUGCACCCCACCCCAACCUGCUUUUUAACGGCAUAUGUACAUGAAACAUACGUCUCCUCUAUUACGUCUAGGUGAUCAUGAUCGCGAACUGUUGUUCAGUUGUUGCGCCAUGGUAUGAUUGUAAUUAUUGAAAUAACCUUCAUGUUCUGGUUUGUUUCUGUGUAUGUAACAGUAUACAUAAUGACAAUUAAAUGUUAUACACCUAUUGAUGUUUAAGUUUUUGGAGCAUUAUUGUUGUAGUAAUAAAAUAUUUACAAGAAAAAAAA